GUGCUACCGCCACUGGCAGGAUAACUACAUUUAUUCCCUUAAGCUUAUUCGCGCUAUAUAUACAAUAAAGUGUGUAUUUGUGCUGCCCAGCUAUGAUAUACACACAUUAAAUUAUUUUGCUGUUUUAUUGCAUAUUAAAGCUAAAAUAAUAACUAGUAGCUUGAAUGUAUGAAGGGAUAAAUAGAAAAGAAUUUCACUGCAUUUGUGGCUGCAACGCUGCGUGGCCUCGCUAGGGGGCGUCGUCGUGCUUUGAGGACUGCCGCGCGCUUCUGACACUCGACCUCCGCGAUGAAAUGAGAACCGGGUGGGAGGAAGGGAAGCGGCUGGUCCGGGCGGCAACCUGCGCUCACAUCCCUGGUUACUGACGCUAUCGCGAUUAGGGGUGGUUGCUAGCCGGCAGCUUCUGGAGCAGGUGUAACGAAACGGUUCGUCUGCGACCGACUAGCCGCCUCUUUGAAGCAGAAGCCCGACGUGUGAAGUAAUGAGAGUGGAGGCGUGAAGGAGGCAAGUGUUCCAGAAGAACGUUGGCAAACAAUUUGGAGGCCAGACAAAGAUGCUGGAGGAAGAUGCAGAGCCGACAGGAGGGGUGCAGGAAGGGGAAGAAGAGGCCGAGAUGGAGAGCAGAGACCUGAAGGCUGAGGUGGUACGACUGACCCUGGAGCUCCACGAGGCCACAGAGGAGAAGCUACAGGCAGCUCGCUAUGGUUUGGUGGUGCUCGAGGAAAGUUCAGCUCUGAAGAUGAAGCACAGGCAGCUGGAGGAGGAGCAUGAAACCCUCAAAGUGGAGCUACAGCAGCUCAGAGAGGCAUUUGCAGAUUCUGUGAGUAGCCAGAAACGUGCAGCUGCUGAUGGAGAGUGCCGGGAGGAGAGCCUGCUGCAGGAGACUGCAACUAAGGAGGCUGCCAUGGCAACACGCAUGGAGGAAGUGCAGGCGGAGCUGAAGCAGUCACGGCUUGCUCUGAGCAACGCCCACGCAGAGAUCGAUAGACUUGGGGUGGUCUCCACCCAGCUAAAGAAGGAGUGUGAGUGCCUAGAGGCUGAGAAGGGCCAUCUGAGAGAUGAGAUGAAGGAGUAUAAAGUACGUGAAAUGCGCCAGUUGCAGGACAGCAGUGAGCUUGAAGAAGAGAACAUAUCUCUGCAAAAGCAGGUCUCUGUGCUCAAGGAAAACCAGGUCGAGUUUGAAUCAAUAAAGCUGGAGCUCACCCAGAAGAAUGAGGAGAUGGACGAGCUGCGAGCUCAAAUGGACGAAGCGGGACGGCUGAGGGAGAUCGCAGAGAGGCAGCUGGACGAGGCCCUGGAGGCCCUGAAGGAGGAGCGGGAGCAGAAGAACAGUCUGCGGCGAGAGCUCUCCGCCCUCACCCUUAACCCCUUUGAUUCUGUGGGCAACCUUGAGCUACACCUUGACCAGCUGGAUGACAGCCAGGAGGAGGGUCAAGGGAGGGAGGGAGGAGGUGAGGGAGAGGACCAGGACAGUGGCUACACUAACGGUUCUGUAUCUGCUCCCGGUUCUGCUCACCCUCCUCCUUUGGGCGGCUCUAAAAGCAAUGGCCUCAUCCAUCGCUACUCUACUCCACGCAACAGUGACGUAUUCCUGCGUGCGCCAGCGUCCGGGCUGGUGUCAGACCUGCUGAGUGAACUGCACUUUUCUGACAGUCAGAAACUAAAGCAGCAACUCUUACAGGCAGAACGAGAGAAGUCUGGUUUGGCUGGCAAAGUGGAGGAGCUACAGAUGCAGCUGGUGAUGUCCAAACAGGCGCUCAGUCAGCAAGAGGACAAGGUUGGUUCCCUCACACAACAGCUGGAGGCUGUGCAGAGCAGCCAGCAGCACAACCUGGAGGCCGAGGACAGGGGCGACCACGAGACGGAGAACGGAAACGAUGGCAGUGGUCUCCUCGACUAUGAGGUGGACACCAAGAGCAAGGAGAUGCUGGAGGCGCGCAUGCGUUCGGCGAGCGAAGAGCUCCUUAAACUCCGAGACGAACUGUCCCAGGCUGGAACGCGUUACAACACUCUGGAGCAGAAAUACAAGCAGGAGAAGGACCGCUGGAGGACUGAGGCCCAGGAGCUAGCUGACAAGAUCCGCCAGUGCAUCAAGUCCAGUAAGCAGGAUCAAGAGCGCAUCGGCGAGCUGGAGAAGGAGAUAGGCGCCACGCGCAAAGUGGCGACUGAUUCCGAAGGGCACCUGAGCGUUGCCCAGGAGGAGCUGUUGGCCUUCUCCGAGGAGCUGUCCAACCUCUAUCACCACAUCUGUGUGUGCAACAACCUGACGCCCAAACGGGUCACCCUGGACUAUUACCGUGACGGCGCCAGGGCGAGCGGUGGAGGCAGCGCGAGGAGGCCACAGCACGUGUACCCGCAGCACAGCGCCCAGAAGAAGCCGCGGGCCAACGACAUGUUCAUCUCCAAGGCUGCAGCGCUGCAGUUCAUGGGCGAGGUGGACAGUGCAAUAGCCAGUGUAGAUUCUCCCACUUGCCCUGGAUCCCCCACCCUGGACUUCAGAGACCCUUCCAACGUUCGCAACCUGGUGGCAGUCAUCCGUUGCCAGAUCAAACACCUCCGGGUGGCGGUGGACCUCUGUCGUCAGAGGGGUGCGAUGCCUUAUUCAGGGUUGAACAGCAGCGGAGAGUCCGAGCGGGACGCUGAGAGCCUCUUGGAGGAAGUGCUAAAACUCAAGUCCCUUCUCAGUACCAAGAGAGAGCAGAUCGCCACCCUCAGGACUGUCCUCAAGGCCAACAAACAGACGGCAGAGUUGGCCCUGUCUAAUUUAAAAACCAAGUAUGAGACUGAGAAGAGCAUGGUAUCUGAGACCAUGAUGAAGCUGAGGAACGAGCUCAAAGCUCUAAAAGAAGAUGCCGCCACCUUCUCUUCACUCAGAGUCAUGUUUGCCAGUCGGUGCGACCAGUACGUCACCCAGCUGGACGAGAUGCAGAGGCAGCUGGCUGCAGCCGAGGACGAGAAGAAGACCCUGAAUUCUCUGCUGCGCAUGGCCAUACAGCAGAAGCUGGCUCUCACUCAGCGUCUAGAGGACCUGGAGGCCCCGCUGUCGUCCCACAGCUUGAACAGCAGCCCUCGCCGCUCCCGAGCCAAAGAGCUGGCCACCAAGUCAGGACGGGCGGCUCGAAGCCCGCGAAGCAGCCCGGCGCGCCCCCCGCUGAGGAGCAGCCCGCGGGCUAGCCCGGUCCUCGGCAGCAGCGUGCCCGCUAUGGCUUCACACCACUUUCGAGCUAUAACCCGAAGCCUCCACACCAGCCCUCGCUGAAACACUCCUUCCAUUACUCCAAACCCCCUCUUCUCCAUAAAGGACCUGUCUUCAUAUUGACUCCCCCUGGCACCCUCCUCCUUUCCUGAGUCGAGACAUCUUGUCCAUCUAUGCUGUUACAUUCCCCACUCCUGAACCAGAACCACGGAUAAAAAUAAAUGAUGACAAAAAAACCCCUCUCAUCCUGCCCUCUCGGUUUUCUCUGCUUGGAGCGGAGAAACCUGCAUGCAGCCUGGAGAAGGAUGAAGAGACAAAUGUGCUGCUCUCUCCUCUGUGAAGUCAGUGACUGUGUCUUAUUCCAAAUGGUGUCUGAUCUGGUCCUGUCCCAGGCUGUUAGUUGUGGUGAACCCAUUGACAGUAUUUAUUACAGAAUUUAUACUUACUCAUACUUGUCCUGCACAGUAUUUGCUGUCCUCAGACUUGGAUUCAAGGCUAUGAUCUGUUUUAAGGCUGUGUCUCCUCGCACCUUUGCCUUUAGUCUGGCAUAAUGUUCAGGUCCGUCUGGUAUUUAGUGUAUUUAGUGUCAGCAAGACAUUAGUUCAUCUCUAGUAGCUCUACUGGGUAGUUUUAUAGGAACGUUCAGCCUUACUAACACUCUUGCUAUCCUAAAGUAGGGAGCUUGCUAAGAGCUUUUACUGUCUGUACAGUAACGUUAGAUGCUUCGUUUUGUUUUUUAACCACCUUUAGGCUUUUGCCUAUCGGCCACACCCUUUAACUGGAGGUCAGUAAACCCGCUGUUUCAUUCAUGGAAAUAGAUCAGCCAUAAAUUUACCGCCUCAGGUCAGACUAAUCCGAUACAUAAAUUUGGGUGAUCUAACGUAAGUCUAUGCAGACCCAGUCAGGAUAGUGCCUGUAUAUUUCCUGCUGUUCUUUAGCACUAGGGUGAGCUUGAAACGUUGAGUAAACCUUGAAUAAAACAAUGGCUGGCUGCAGCAGUUCUACUACGAUAUAGCAUCUCUCACAACAGGCAGUUUGUGGAAGUCAUCUGGAAAUGCACAAGUGCAAGUAUCCCAUUAGCCUCUGCUGGUGUCUUCUGCUUGUUUUAAAGACGCUGUUCAUUCUACACUUCUAGUGACUUGACUACAUAAUAGUGCUGUGCUUGGUCAUAUCACUUCUGCUUUUUCUCAUUCCUGUGAAUCGCACCAAUAAUCAUGUUACUUAUUUCAUCAUCAAACGUCACCACGUGUGCGCUACUGAAGUAACGAUGUUGUAAUUAAUUAGUUACUCACAUCAGUUUAGUUUCUUUUUUUCUUGUGUCUGCAGCAUCCAUUGUUUUCAGUGAGGAAUGCUGGCAGACUGCUGUUAGAGUCGCUGCUAGUAGAAAAUGAAAUGACAAUAAGGACCCAUGAUAUUUAAAGCACCACACCGUUCUCACAGCCCAUGACGACUUGAAACAAAUUGAUUGAUUCAAAAUAGACUGUCCCCUAAGGCGAUGUGUGCGUAUUUUAAGACGGACAAGUUGAAAAGCGCAGUUUGACACCACAGCUGAUUUGAGGACAUGUUACAUAUGUCCAGGAGUAAGAUAAUGUAUCUUACUGGUUCUUACAGGCCUGUGGUUUAGCAGUAGGGGCCACAUCUACGUCCUGCUGAUGGUUUCUGUUGUCAUUUUUAGUGCCUUUGUUUUGAUCUGCUGUUGUUAGACUGCAUCAUGUUUUCUACGGAGGCUACUGUUCAACACUGUAGUUGGGACUUUUGUUCCAUGAAGGUAUGAUUUAUCUGCUUUGGAGGAAACCUAAGCAGCAUUAGCACUGAAUAUUGUGAUAUUUCAUUUUGGGAGAAUAUUUUCACUUUUUACCCAGCAUGCUUUGUGUAAACUCAUGAGUACUUGUAUUAAUAUUGACUUCCUGUGACAUUACCAUGUAUAUUUGCUUUGGAGAUCUGUUAUCAUGAACAAUGUAACCGUGCAGAGACUGGGAAUGUGGAUAAUUAGGAACAUAAUGUACUUAAAAACUGGAGUCGUCUCCAGUUUCUGACUUCCAGGAGGUUGAGACUAUUUAUGAAAUCAUGCUGAAAAGUGAAAAUGCUUUAACUUAAUGUCAUAUUGCUUUGAAGGUUGUAAAUGGAUUUGUUGACCUAUUUAAUUCACUCUGGGCAGACGUGUCUAUAAUUUAAUUGCCAUUGUUGUAUAAUAUUUUAACUGUAUUUAUGUGGUCUACCCGCCGUGUGAACUCUUGUGACAUGCACACACUCCGCUUAACACAUUUGGUGAUCCUCAACUUUAUAUGUAUGCAACUUGACCUCCCAUUGACCUGUGACCCACUUUUUUGUCAUGAAGGAUUAAAAACAAGCCAACACUG